AUGUCCGUCGCCGUUUCGCCUGCACGUGUGGCGCCAGGCUUGGCUGCUCAGAACGCCAACGCAGAGGCGCCACCGCCGAGAAAGAGACGACGGAGAACAGCCGGCGGAGGGGCACGAGACGAUUGCUUUACAUGCGAGAAACGAGCCGUCAAGUGCGAUCGCAAGAGGCCAUACUGUACGCAAUGCAUCGACAUUGGGAAGGAGUGUUCGGGCUACAAGACAACAUUGACGUGGGGUGUCGGUGUGGCCAGCAGAGGCAAGCUAAGAGGAUUGUCGUGUCCCAUUGCGAACAAGAAUCCAGAUGGCAGUAAUGUGUCGGUAGCUGAGGACAAUGGAGGUCGACGGCGAAAGAGCUCACUUUCGUUCGUGAAGAAGGAAGAGGUGACCGGCAAUGGCUUAGCAGAGGGAUCGACCGCGAUGUCAAUGCCAAUGGUGCCAGAGCAUACGCAACCUGUCGAUACGCCCACAUCGCCAAUGCCAGUGCCACAGCAGAGGACUGGAUGGCAAAUACCAGGCUUUCAUGAGCAUAUGCAAACUCGUCAGUACGACGACACCGGCAACAGCUCACUGAACCUGCCGCCGCUGCACCAACUGCAAACGGGCUUCGGGUCACAGUAUAGCCAUGCAGGCAUGCCUGGCUCUGCUAUGUCAAUAGGCUCUUACGCCGAAACCGAGUACCACUCGCCUAUGGAGUAUCCACAGACGCCUGGGUCUAUGCACUUCGGCGAGCCCACAUCUAAUCCUUUCAUCGAACAACCUAUAACUUCGAGUUCGAUGGAUAGCUACGCCAUGCAGACGACACUACAAGACUCCUUCCCAGACAUAGCAGGUGCUAUGCAGCUGCCACAGUUCACCGAUGCCACAACCAUCAGUCCGUUAGAAGCACAGCUCAAUCCGAUGAAUGAUGUGCUGUUCAGCAACGAUCAACUGGACGUCUUCGCUUUGCAAGGCCAGGACAAUGUCGAUGAUGAGGCCGAACACAGUCUUGCACUGUUCGACUCUCGCUUCUCCAAUCCAUUCUUCCACCUUACACCGCGGUUGCAGUCUCUGAUGGAGUACUACGACCGCUACAUCUGUCCUUUCCUCGUCGCUUUCGACGGUACGCAGAAUCCGUAUAGGAGGCACGUUUUGCAACUGGCCGUACACAACGAGGGACUACAGAACGCUAUCGCGGCUCUGUCGACCAAUAACCUUCGCAUGCGCAAAAAGCAACCACAGCAGAUCGGCUUUGUCGAGGAGCUGACAGAUGCCUUUGAUGGCACAGAUCUAUCCAGUGCGAACGAAGCUUCGGCCGAAGAGACAAUGUACAAGCAGAUAUCCAUCGACCAACUCAACAUGCAGCUCACAGACAUUCGUGCCGCGCAGGACGACUCUGUUCUUGCCACUCUGUUGAUUUUGUGCCUAUUCCAUGUCUGCGACUCGGGCUUCAGCAAAUUCAAGACCCAGCUAGCGGGUGUCCAGAAGCUCCUCUCCCUACGCAAUCCGAACGUGCCAUCGGAGUUCACAGGCUGGGUAGAGAUGUUCUUCACCUGGUUUGACGUCAUGACUAGCACCGUCAAUGACCGCGAGAUGCAGAUCAAAGGCGACUCUCUAGACAUGCUCGACUUCUCGGCCAACCUCGGUGCGCUCGAACAGUUUUCGGGUUGUGAUGGGAGGUUAUUCAAGAUCAUCGCUUGUCUUGGCAGAUUGAACUUGCUGGCUCAGGGCAGACCUGUGAGGCGAGGUAGCGCUUCGCAACGCACGCCUCGAGCUUCCGCUAUACCACGACCGACCUCACGGUUUGGGCGGAGGACGAAACCCACUGCUAAGUUCCUGGCUGGCCGGUCACUAUCGCCUUCUGACUACGAGAAUAUGGAUGGCAAUGGCUGGGGCACACCGAUCUUAUCGAGCGACGAAGACGCUGAUGGCUCGAUGGACGAAGACACUAUGCAAGACGACCGCAAGGAAUUCUGGAAGGAGUGGAAAGAGGUUCGGUGCCGUUUGCAAGCCUGGCAGAUGGAUUCGAAUGCCACACCCACCUCAUCUCCAAAUGCUCCCACCGACCCUGCCCAGCUGGAAGCCAGUUCCCGAGAUCUCGUCCACAUCAAUGAAUCCUUCCGCUUCUCCGCGCUGCUGUAUACUGAACGCCUUGGAAACCCAGUCUUACCGUCUUCGAACCCGCAAUUCCAGCAAUUAGUCUCGCAAGCCUUGGCUCACAUCUCGGCCUUGAGCGUAACGUCAUGCGUCAACAAGUUUUUGCUCUGGCCUCUCUUCAUCACGGGCACGGAGUGCGUGGAUGAGGUGCACAGGAACAUCGUCCGUUCACGAUGCAUUGAGAUCCAACGGGAAAGUGGUUUCUUCAACAAUUUGAGCGGUCUCGAAGUCUUGGAGAGGGUAUGGAGCGAGGUCGGCAGUAACGUUGCUGGGACGGGCAGUGAGGGCGAAGAGGUCAAGGCCAGGAGGAGAGAUUCUGAGGCUGGAGGUGGGUGGAUGUGGGAUAGAAGGGGUAGCGGUGUUGGUGGCAGGGUGAGGCAUGGGCAGGCUUUCAGGUGGAGGAAGGCGAUGGAUAGGGUCGAUGGAGAGUAUAUCGUCAUCUGA